ACAAUCCGAUAAGUCACUGAAUCCUGUCAACUGUAUUUACUGUAUGGAGUCUCGUGUUACAUGACAGUGAGCAUCAGCUACGUUUAAUAUUUCUCACUAUCAAAAGGAAUUACUAAUGAGAUUUACCUGUAUUUUUCUAAUUUGACAUGGAAUGCAAAUAACACAGUGAUGAAGACUGAAGAGAUAAAUGACCUUCAGCUGUGAUCAGUAAGGAUAAAAAAAGGAUAAAAAAUUACUUACCGUCAUCUCAUUUCUGUCGGCAUUUGAUCAUCAUCAACGGAAGCGCGCCUCUACAGCAAACAUGGACCUGAAAAAGAGGGUUCUACAACAUCUUCCUAAACUGUCAAGGUUUGACCCAUUUCAAGUUUUUGAGGUUACCCACUAUCCAUGUGCUGUGCUGUAUAUAAAGGUUUUACGUGGAUACAAUAUCACCAAAGGAUGGGCAGGGGACCUCAUGGACACUCCAGAUCCAUAUGUCACCCUCUACAUCAAGACAGCCCCAAACUGUUUACAGAAGACCUCUAUCAAAGACAAUGAUAUCAACCCAGUCUGGAACGAGACCUACACAUUCUACAUUGACCCCAGGGAACGAAGCAAUCGACUAGAGAUAUCAUUGAUGGAUUCUAAUUACCUAAUGGAUGAGCCUUUGGGGUCACAGGUCAUCGAUCUCAAAGAACUUCCAUAUCAGGAAAAAGAGAAAUACUCACUGGAAUUUUUUGGGACAUCAGUGGUCGAAUUUGAGCUGUGGGCAGACAUGAACUGUGAGCCUCAGUUACGCUUCAGUCUAACACUAAGUGAAGAGGAGAGGGAAUUCGUUGAGAACAGAAAGAUGAGAGUAUUUGAAGCCAUGAAGAAAUACCUAGGGGAGGAAGCACCAGUUACUCAUCACGAAGUACCAGUAAUUGGUGUGAUAGGGUCUGGUGGAGGGUUCCGGGCCAUGACGGCUUACAGUGGGGUGUUCAGUGCUCUUGUAGAAACAAAUAUACUGGAAAUGGUCACCUAUGCUGGGGGAUUGUCAGGGUCAGCAUGGUACCUAUCCCAGCUAUAUACUCACCCUGAAUGGCCAAAGAAGUCACCACUUUUACUUCAGGAAGAGCUGAAGAGUAACAUUGACUCGAGUCCAUUCUACCUGCUAGGGCCCAACAGUAUGUAUUCUUAUGUCUCACGGAUCAUGGAGAAGCGUCGCCAGGGACAACCUGUCAGCUUCACAGAUUUCUUUGGGCAUCUUGUUGGGGAGACCCUUUUAAAAAAUCGACAAAAUACAAAAUUAUCCGACCAGAAAGAGAAGAUAAGAAACGCUGACAUUCCUAUGCCUUUGUACACUUGCCUACAUGUCAAAAAGUCUGUGUCUGCCAUGGUGUUCCACGAAUGGAUGGAAUUCACUCCUUUUGAAAUUGGACUACCGAAGUAUGGCACAUUCAUGAAGUCAGAAUACUUUGGAAGUAAAUUUUUUAUGGGUCAGUUGGUGAAGAAAUACCCAGAACAACCUCUACACUUCCUUCAAGGUGUGUGGGGGAGUGCCUUCUGUAUCCAAUUCAAACGUCUCCUCAAAGACGACAAACGCACUGAUGAGUGUCGCAUCAUACAGGAAGAAAGAGAAGAGCUUGAAAGAGAACUUCUCCAGGAGCUUGACACACAAACAGAUGAAGAAAGUGAAUCGAGUGAAACAGAGGCAGAGGAAGAGGAAAGAAAACGCAAACAAAUACAGCAGAAAGGUCGACGGAAGAGUUCCGCAGCCAGUGUAAAUAGUCGGAGAGGGUCUACUGCUAGUAUCAACAGUCUGAAAGAUACAGACAGUAACAAGGGCUUCAUCAGGAGCAUGUUUGGCAAGAUGUUAGACAGUACUGGUAACUACCUUCUAGGGUCCAUCGAGGGACGAGCUGCCAAAGUACACAGCUUCAUGAGGGGUCUGUCUCUCUAUAAGGUCUACCCCUUCUCACCGUUCACAUCCAUUGACGAUAGCACAGAAGGUAUGGACCAGUUUGACGGAAUAUUUGAGAUGUACCCCACCAACAUGAAGAAGCUAUACGUCGUGGAUGGUGGUCUGACCUUUAACUCGCCCUUUCCUCUCCUGCUUCGUCCUCAGCGACAGGUCGACCUUCUGCUGUCCUUUGACUUUAGUGCUAGACAGAGUGAUAGUACACCUCCAUUUAAGGAGAUUAAACUCGCAGAGAAGUGGGCACGAUUAAACAAUGUGCCAUUUCCUGAAAUAGACCUGAAGCGGUUUGACCGUGAGGGGAUGAAGGAGUGCUAUGUAUUCCAGAACCAUAACGACCCUCGCUGUCCCAUCGUUCUCCAUUUUGUGUUGGCCAAUAUCACCUUCAGAGAUGAGAAAAUGCCAGGUGUUCCCCGAACUACAGAGGAGGAGAAGAAAUUUGCAGACUUUGAGAUCUUUGAUGAUCCAGAGAGACCCUACUCAACAUUCAACUUUAAAUAUACUCACCAAGCAUUUGAUCGUUUAACACAGCUGACUGAGUUCAAUACAAGACUUCAUAAAGACCUUAUCAUAGAAAAAAUUAAGGAAUGUGUUCAAAAACAUCGGAACAAUGGGGCUGUUACCCGGCGUCCAAUCAAACUAAAAGACAUCAAAAAGCUUCGGCUCCAAAAAAUUGAGGAGGACCGGCUAAAGGAAUUUGUACAGUCGUUUGAUAGAGAUGAUGGCGAUGUGCCAAUAGUGUGAUAAAACUCAUUGGUACCAAUUGUUACCUUCUUGCCACUCACAAUGGCCGCACAAUGACCAGUUAACAGAGAGUUAAAGGUCAAAAGUUGUGCUUGUAGUUCAUCCUGUAUUUGAUAUUCAUACUGAUGAAGGAUGCUCAACAUUCCAGGUACUUUUACCCUUCUGGGAAUGACUUGUCGCAAAUCCAGAGGCGAGUCAAUCCUCCUGCAACAUGGAGUCAGGAGGCAUAGGGCUAGCAACUAGUCAAACAUCACAAUCUCUGGGAGUUGCUGAAAACCAGUUGUUUUUAGUGGAGACAAUUCACGAUGAAUGGCUCUGUGACUUUUGAGAUGUCAGAGUAUAUUACUUAUAUGAGGACACAGAGGAUCUAGCAAAUCGAGAGAUGCAAGACUCAUUAUUUUCACAAUACAGUACUGUAAAAAGAUUUUGCAGAUAUUUUUCAUCCAAUGACUAACUUGUGAGGAUUCUAAAUCCUCCAUGGAUUUAAAGCUAUGUAUGCAUGUUCUUUAAUUGUGUUUUUAAAAAAUGGUUGUUAUAGGUAUUGAUUUCAGAUUGACACUGGAUAAUUGACAUGGUGAUUUAUAUUAUGCAAAAUAGAAGUGAUUUGUUGUUACAGCUAUUGCAAACUGACAGCAGACUGUGAAAAUUUGAUGUGUUUCUGAAGUGUUCAAUUGACUUCAUUGAGAUGUUAAAAUAAACUUGGUGAACAAAAUAGAA